AUGAUGCGCAGUAUAUUGCCCUUCUUGGGGCUCACACUGUCCACAGCGGCUUUUAUUCAUCCAGGGGCACUUCACACGGCAGAAGACUUCACGCGGAUCAAUACCUACCUCUCCAACCAAGUCGAACCGCACAAUACAACAUGGAACCUCCUGACUGCCAGCACCUACGCCCAAUCUACUUACCAGCCCACUCCAAAGGAAACAGUAUACAGAGGCUACAAUGGCGUGGACAGUGAGAACUAUCCAUCUCUAUACCGAGACACCGCAGCAGCCUACCAACUCGCCAUCCGCUGGCGCAUCACAAACGACACAAGCUACGCCGAUGCCGCAAUCAACAUCCUCAGCUCAUGGGCAGCCUCCCUAGUCGCCAUCGAAGGCACCAGCGACAAGUUCCUCGCCUCCGGUCUAUACGGCUACCAAAUGGCCAAUGCAGCAGAGCUGAUGUCCGACUACACCGGCUGGGACAGCAGCAACAAGACAGCAACAGGAACAAUGCUGACGAACGUCUUUGCCGCCAUGAACACGCGCUUCAUGGAAGAGCACAACGGCCAGGAUUACUACCAUUAUUAUGCUAAUUGGGACUUGUGCAACCUUGCCUCCCUGCUGGCUAUUGGUAUCUUCACUGAUAAUCAGACUAUGUAUGAUUAUGCCUUGGAGUAUGUUCGCACGGGUCCUUCGAAUGGUGCUCUUCCUGUCUUCGCGAUUGCAAAUUAUACAGAGUCGGGAUCUGAGAAGAUCCUGACGCAGGGCCAGGAGGCGGGUCGUGAUCAGGGUCAUUCUACCCUCGAUAUGGUUCUCUUUGGUAUUGUUGCGCAGCAGGCUUACAAUCAAGGUGAUGAUUUGUUUGCUGAAUAUGGGAAUGAGAUUUUGAAUGCAGCGGAGUAUGCGGCCAAGUAUAAUGUUGGUUAUGAUGUGCCUUAUACUCUCUAUGAGAGUUAUCAGGGACCUCAGUCUGUCAUCUCGAAUAACUCGCGUGGCGUUGUUCGUCCUGGAUUCGAGUUGCUUUCUGCGCAUUAUGGUCAGGUUAAGGGGUUGGACUCGUAUUGGACGGAUUCUUAUCGGGAUUGGGUGAAUGUGAAUUCUACGAAUGGUGUCGAGGGUGGUGGUGGGAACUAUGGUCCUAAUUCGGGUGGCUUUGAUGGCCUUGGGUUUGGUUCGUUGUUGUAUCGAAUUUCUGAAUGA